CUUUACAGAUAAGUUUGUAGUUGGAGUUGGAAGAGUAAAAUCUGUUUUUCAGUACGCGGUAAAGGGAAGGAGAACAGGGAGAGGUGUCGGGGAGACUCGCAGCAUGUGAUUCCUUCACCGAGAAACCGGAGGUUUUUCUUAAUGAAGUGGGGUCACUCCAAGCGGAACCAGCUGGUCUUCCUCAUAUUCUCUCAUCAUUGUAAUCUUCUUGGCAAGAUCUGAUUUUUUUUCUCCCUUACGAAGAGGAAUUCGCAGGGAGAGGGAGAGAUAGAGAGGUGUGCGAGUGAAAGAUCCUUUCCGUUUGUUUGAGAAAGAGGAUGAAGGGCUACCUGUUCAAGUGAAGAGCUUCGAUCUGCCACUUUGUCUAUAGGAUAACAUUGAGGAAUGAUAAGGAGAUGGCAAGGAAGGGAAAUUGGUUUUCUAGUGUAAAGAAAGCUCUUAGCCCAGAGUCCAAGGAGAAGACUGACCAGAAAUCUAGUAAAGCGAAAAAGAAAUGGUUCGGGAAGCAAAAGCAAUUGGGUUCAAAUUCUGCCUCUUCAGGGAUUGCCACAGUGCCACCUCUUCCUCAGCCGGAAGAGAUGAAAUUAACAAAUGGAGAGAAUGAGCAGAGGCAGCAUGCUUACUCUGUUGCAGUCGCCACUGCUGAAGCUGCUGAGGCUGCUGUUGCUGCUGCUCAAGCAGCUGCUGAAGUAGUUCGACUCACUACAGUUACUCAGUUUGGAGGAAAACUGAGGGAGGAAGUGGCAGUAAUCAGGAUUCAAGCAGCAUUUCGAGGAUACAUGGCAAGAAGGGCAUUGCGGGCUUUAAGGGGGCUGGUCAGGCUGAAAUCAAUGAUGGAAGGGCCUGUUGUGAAACGCCAAGCUGCAAAAACCCUCAGAUGCAUGCAGACUUUAGCUCGUGUACAAUCUCAGAUCCGUUCCAGGAGGAUCAGGAUGUCAGAGGAGAAUCAGGCUCUCCAAAAACAACUCCUACAUAAACGAGCAAAAGAGCUUGAGAGCUUACAGAUUGGGGAGGAAUGGGAUGACAGCCUCCAGUCAAAGGAACGAAUUGAAGCAAAUCUUCUUAGCAAGUAUGAGGCUGCUAUGAGGAGAGAGAGAGCACUAGCAUAUGCUUUCUCUCAUCAGAAAGCUUGGAAGAAUGGUUCAAGAUCUGUAAACCCAAUGUUUAUGGAUCCAAGCAAUCCCACCUGGGGUUGGAGCUGGUUGGAACGAUGGAUGGCCGCCCGCCCAUGGGAGAGUCGUAGCAUGAAAGAGAAAGAACUAUACAAUGACCACUCAUCAGUAAAGAGUGCUAGCCACAGCGGUGUUGGUGGAGAGAUCUGCAAAUCUUUUGCCUGCUACCAGCUCAAUUCUGAUAAUCAUUCCCCAACUGCCAGCCAAAAGACAGGCCACCCUAGCUUCCAGUCCCCUUCAACCCCAAGGCCAGCUUCCUCGAAAGUAGCUAAAAAAGUGAAACCAGCAAGUCCAGGUGGAGGAUAUGCUCCAGAUGAUGAUUCUAAAAGCAUGGUUAGUUUGCUGUCUGGCCAGUUUCGAAGGCAUAGUAUUGCCGGGUCAUCAGUGACGGACGAUGAGAGUCUGGCAAGCUCACUAGCAGUUCCGAGUUAUAUGGUACCCACCAAGUCCGCAAGAGCAAAAACCAGAUUGGAAAGUCCCUCAGGGGCAGAGAAGAAUGGGACACCAGAAAAGGGAUCUUUCGGGCCUGCAAAGAAACGGCUUUCAUUCCCACCCUCACCGGCCAGGCCAAGGCGGCAUUCGGGUCCUCCAAAGAUUGAUGUCAGUCUCAAUGUGGAAAACAACAUGAGCAAUGAAGUGGGCAGUUAAUAACAUCUAGUCAAAAUUGAGAGAGAAAUUAAAUGGAUUUGGAUUUGGAUUUGGAGAGCUUCUGGAGGAAAGGAGAGAAAUAAAGGUAAUUUGAUUCGUGGAUUCACUAUUUUUUUUUUAAUAAAAAAAAAUAGCCUUGAAUAUAUCAUUACUUAGUAGGUGCUCCAUUGGUGGACUGGCUAUAGACUGGCCUUUGCCUGUCGUCGGAGUUGGCGGGAUUAUAUUCUUCUCCUCAAAUAGUAAUGCCUUUUACUCAAUUCCUACUUAUUUCUUCAGGUGUUCUCUCCAUUUGCGUUGUCUACGUCCUGAACAUAGUAGAACAUGUUUGAACUUUUUCUGUCUUUGAUUAUUUCCUCCACGAACAGUUGCCAUUCUGUUAAAUUUAUUGAUUCUACAGACUACAGAGUGAUGUAUAAUGGAUAUUUGUGAAAUCGAGAUGACCACCUGUGUGAAUA